AUGGGCUCAACUACCGACCACCGCCAAAUCCGCCUCGUCCGCCUGGCCCACGUCUACUACACCCACAAGGACAUCACCAAAGCCUCCCAAUUCCUGAAUGACUUCGGCUUCCAGGAAGCCAAAACCAUUACCAAGGAUAAGAAGACGAUUUACUACCGCGGAACCGGCCCCGAGCCAUUCGUAUAUUGUGCGCGAGAAGGCGAUGUCGAUGAAUUCGGCGGCGCGGCGUUUGUUGUGGAGUCCCGUGAGGACCUCGAGUAUGCAUCGCAGACUCUGCCUGGAACUAGUGAUGUGUACGAGCCUGCGGAUGCUCCGGGUGGAGGUCUAUGUGUGACUUUUAGGGAUCCGGUCGAUGGGUUCCCAUUUCAUUUGGUAUAUGGGCAAGAGAUUGCGGAUAAAACGAGGGCUUUGCCGCAGCUCAGGUAUAAUUAUCCCACGGAGAAGCACCGAUCGACCAACAGCGCACAGAGGUUUCAACCAGGUCCGGCACCAGUGCACAAACUUGGCCAUUUCGGAAUGUGCGUGACAGACUUUGCCAGAGCGUACUCAUUCUAUACCACGAGAUUCAACUUCAAGGGCAGUGAUCUCAUCCACGACGAAACUGGCAAAGAUAUCACCGUCUUUCUCCAUCUAGACCGGGGAAGCGAGCUGGUGGAUCAUCAUUGCUUCUUCAUGUUCGAAGGACCUAAGUCACAUGUGCACCAUUCGUCGUUCGAGACGCAUGACUUUGAUACCCAGUUGUUGGGACACCAUUGGCUCCGGCAACAAGGGUAUAAGAAUUGCUGGGGUGUUGGUCGGCAUAUUAUGGGCAGUCAGAUUUUUGAUUAUUGGUUUGAUCCAUCUGGAUUUAUUAUCGAGCAUUAUAUCGACGGAGACUUGCUUGACGAAACUCAGCUGACGAAUCGCUCGCUGGCCUCGCCUAACAACCUGCACAUUUGGGGUCCACCUACGUUACCAAUUCUGGGAAACCUCCACCAGAUCACACGAAAAGGCUCCUACAUCAAAUUCACCGAAUGGGCCCAGAAAUAUGGCGGCCUCUACUCUCUCAAACUAGGAACCGGAACUGCCACCAUAAUUACGGAUCGCUGCAUCGUCAAGGAGCUCGUUGACAGAAAAAGCUCGAAAUACAGCAAUAGACCAGGGUCUUAUGUUGCUCAUACAAUCACCGGCGGCAGCCAUCUGCUGGCUAUGCAAUAUGGGACCCUGUGGCGGUCGUUCCGGAAGCUGGUCCAUCAGCAUUUCAUGGAGAGUAUGGUCGAGAAGAGUCAUAUAAUGGUGCAGAAUGCGGAAGCUGUGCAGAUGGUAAGGGAUUUCUGUUUGUGGCCGGAGAAGAAUAUGUUGCACCCGAAGAGGUAUAGUAAUAGUAUCACGAUGAGCUUGACCAUGGAGCCCGGUAACACUCCUCCCGUCGACAUCUACUCCUUCCUCCACUACAUUCCCCAGCGAUUCCUCGGUAACUGGAUUGGUCGCGCACAAGGCGUCAGCGCCGAGAUGAACGAGUUAUACGCUGAAUACCUCAACCGUGUUGAACAGCGCCGCAAGGAAGCGGGUAGCACCGGCUCCUUCAUGGAUAUUGUCCUGGACCAGAACGAGAAACUCGUGCUCAGCCGUCAUCAAUUAUACUUUCUGGGUGGUAUUCUGAUGGAAGGGGGGUCGGAUACCUCGAGCUCGAUUAUCCUUGCUUUCCUGCAUGCUAUGACAAAGUGGGAGGGUGUUCUCAAGAAAGCUCAAGCUGAGAUUGAUGCUGUGGUAGGAGAGGAUAGGACGCCGGUUUGGGCUGAUUAUGAACGUCUUCCGUAUGUUGCGGCUGUGGUUAAGGAGGCCAUGCGGUGGCGGCCGGUUGUGCCUUUGGCAUUUCCUCAUGCCGCUGCGGAGGAUGACUGGAUCGACGGCCACUUCAUCCCCAAAGGCUCCACCGUCAUCGUCAACGGCUGGGGCCUCCACCACGACAAAGCCCGUUUCCCGAACCCAGACGUCUUCGACCCAGACCACUAUAAAGGACGGACAGCGCUUUCCCCAGAGCUAGCAGCAGCUGCAGACUACAACACCCGUGACCAUUAUGGUUAUGGCACCGGCCGUCGAAUUUGCCCGGGCAUUCAUGUGGCUGAACGGAACUUGUUCGUGGGGAUUGCGAAGAUUAUCUGGGGUUUCGAUAUUGAGCCUAGGUUGGAUGAGAAUGGGAAGCAUGUAGAGCCGAAUAUUGAUCCGGAGACGGGGUAUAGUGAGGUGUUCUUGGUUUUUGCGAAGGACUUUGAGCGUCGGAUUGCGUCAAGGUCGGAGGCUCGAAGGGAAAAUAUUAUGAAAGAGUUUGAGCAAGCGCAGAGGGAGGUGUUUUCGCAGUUUGAGGAUCCAGCUUGAAUUCCUAUCUAUGUUUCUCUAUCAGACUAGUCAAUGCCAGC